AUGGCUCGCGCGGCCCCUCCGCUCUCGGCGCUGCUCCGCGGCCUCUCUUCCCGCCCCUCCCACUCCCCCGCAUUCCACGCCGCGCUGCUCAAGUCAUCUUCCCUCUCCAGCCCCAUCCCAGCCACCGCCCUCCUCACCGCCUACGCGAAAGCCGGCCUCCCAGGCGCCGCCUCCCGCCUGUUCGACGAAAUGCCCGUGCGCGACGCCGUUGCUUGGAACGCGCUCCUCGCAUGCCACGUCCGUUACGCGCGCUGCGGCGCCGUCGCUGAAGUUUUCCGCGGCAUGGCAGCUGCCGGGUUUGUGCCAACGGCCGCCACCCUCUGCACCAUGCUCAAGGCCUGUGCUUCCUCCCGUGCCGUGCGCCCCGGCCGCCAAGUGCACGCGCGGAUAGUUCUUGCGUGCCACGGUGAUGUCAUUAUGACUACAGCUCUUGUUGAUCUCUACAUGAGCUGCGGCUGCGUCGAGGAGGCGAAGGGGCUGUUUAUCCACACGGACUGCCCCAAGGACGUGGCGCUGUGCAACUCUGUUCUUUCAGGCUGUGUGGAGAAUGGCCAAUUCCGGGAGGCUUUCUUGAUGCUGGGCGGUAUUGAACUCAAUGGAAUCACACUGACAUGCGCUCUCACAGCUUGCUCAGCCGCAGCAAAUCUGGCAUAUGGCCUUCAAGUGCAUUGCAAGGUUCUCCGAUGCGGGUUUGAUUCUGAGACUGUCCUAUGCAAUGCACUUAUUGACAUGUAUGCAAAGUGUGGGCGGACAACGGCUGCACGUGUGGUGUUUGAUCGGAUGACUUGCAGAAAUGUCGUUUCCUGGUCCAGUAUGAUUGAUGGUUAUAGUCGCCAUGGGCAUGGCGAAGAGGCUUUGGGUUUGUUUGAGAGGAUGGAGAAAGCUGUACCCAUUGUCGUGCCUAAUGCCAUUACAUUUCUUGCUGUUCUCUCAGCUUGUGGGCACUCUGGUCUUGUGGAUGAAGGCCGAUCGAAGUUACAUUUGAUGAAAAGGAAGUAUGCGAUUGAUCCAGGACCAGAGCACUACGCAUGUUUUAUUGACAUGUUAGGCCGGGCAGGACUGAUUGAUGAGGCAUGGGAUCUGUACUGUUGUUUACGUUCGAACAUAAGUAAGCUCCAUGGUGCUAUCUGUGUGUCUAUGCUGAGUGCAUGUAUUGCUAACAUGGAUGUGGCUAGAGGAAACAUGGUAGCUGAGCAUAUUCUGGAGGUUGAUCCACAUAAUCCUCGAAAUCUUGUGUUAAUAUCAAAUUUUCACGCUGCUGCUGGACAAUGGUCUAUAUCUGAUGAGUCAAGGAAGGGCACAUACUCAUACACUGAGCUGCUGCUGUCACAUGUCUGGCGGAAAGUGAUAGAAGAUGGUUCAUUAGCUUCAAACAGAUCAGUGGUUACUGAAUCAGUCUCAAAAUCUUGUUCCUCCGCAGAAGUGAAAGAUGAAGAUGCUGCAAUCACAGCUGUGAUUGAUGCAGCUGAACUUAAAUGGGAAGAGCAGUCAUUUAGGAGAGGACAAGCUCCUGGAAGGUUUACAUCAGGACGCCAUAAUUGUAUUCGAGAUUACAUCAUUACACAAUCGAAGUGCAUUUGUGGAGUCAAGGUCCUUGCAGACUCCCUCAUCCCCAAUCCCACAGUUAGGAGCACAAUCAGCAAUUUGUUAGGAACAAGGACUUGCAGCACUGCCAGCGGUACAGGGAAGCACAGAAGUUCUUCAGGAAGCAACGCUGAUCCCAAAUCACAGAGCCACACCACCUCGGCUGCUUUGGAAAGGGACACGAAGCAAUGUAUGGACAACCAGCUACCGGCAGCUUCUCCCGACGCCCGCCUCCAGGUCGCCACAGAAGGUGAUCAAGUCGACCGCCCUCAGAAGAAUAAUGAUCUGAAGAGCAACACUGAAGGCUCUGCAGGGCGUUCAGCAGAGAAAGCCGUACCUAGUGCUGACCUCCCCAAACUGAAGGAUGUGAGCGGAUCAACUUUGAAGAACGGUACUAUUUCAGGGAGCCUAGAACCAAAAGUUGCCAGGACUGAUCAGUUGAAGAAGAAGCGGAAGAAGGCAGACUCAUCCAAGGCUGUUCAUCCAAACAAUGCUGACUAUGGUUACAACGUUCCAUUUGACCCUGCAUAUUUAAUGAGCAUAGACAUAGACAUAACUCUUGUCAGUGGAACAAUUUACUGGGAAAACCAGGCCGCGUUACACCGUGAUGCCGAAGCUGCUGCACGCUCAAGGCAGGUCUCCCAGGGGAACGCUGGAGCUUCUGCACGUUCAAGGCAGACCGAGAGGCCAAAUGACUCCGGUGCUUGGCCCAGGCCAUCAGAUCGCAACCAGCGCAUGGGCUCUCCUCAAGGCAGAGAGUUGAGAGACAGGCCCCAGUCAAGACCUGAACCAUCAGAGCGCAACCAGCGCUUGGGUUCUCCUCGCGGCAGAGAGUCCCGGGACAGGUCCCGGUCUAGAUCUAAACCAUCAGAGCGCAGCCAGCGCUCGGUUUCUCCUCGUCGCAGAGAGUCGAGGGACAGGUCCCGGUCAAGACCGGCGAGGAAUAGUAGGGACCAUGGGCGUUCCGACAGAGGUUCCAGUGACUACCACGAGGAUCACCAUGACAGGAAGAGAAUGCGCGUCUCUUCUACCGUUGAUGGUGAUACAGAGAGCAGCCAGAGGUCCAGACACAGUUCUAGGAGCAGCCCCAGACGUGAUGACGCGAGCGACGAUGAGCAGAAUUUCAAGAGGAAGUGGGGACGACGAUCACCGGCCGCCAUGGAUGCAUGCAAGGUUCUGAAUAAAGAUGGAGGACUUGUUGCAGCAUUGCUGAUGUCCAAUGCUUUGCUGAUGAGAUUUGUUUUACUAGUGAUUGUAUAUGUCUCGGAAAGCGGAGGAUAA